CAGUGGAUGCGAUUCACUGGAGAAGCCCGGAGACUGCCUUGACUUGCAAGACCUGAGCAGGGCUUGACUUCUUGGCAGAAUGGGGUUGGAGUGGAUGGCCCAAGAGGUCUCUUCCAACUCAACGAUUCUAUGAAAUGGGGGCAAUGAAGGAGGGAAUGUCUCAGAAAUGCCACCAGUCUUCAUGGCCAUGCCUGCGUUGGGGAGGGAGGGCUCUCCCUGAGUCACGGGCAAGACGGGGCCCAGGAAGAAGGGUCUGCGUGGCUCAGAGUGGGGCCAGCCCCCCUCCCGUCCUCUGGCUACAGAGAAGAGGAAGCCCUUCAGAAGAAGAAGAAGAAGCAGCCAGAGAAAGAAGGACAGAGCACUUCCUCCUUCUCCUCUGGGUGGAGGGAGGCGGCAGGAGGCAAGAUGGGUCCGGCUUUGGCUCCGGCCACCCUCCUGGCCCUUGUUCUCCUGCUGCUGCCAGGCCCAGCGAGGGGAGAGUCAGACCAGCCCCCCAGCCAGGAAGAGCCCUCACCAGGUCUCCCCAAGUGUGAGGUGACUGGGUCCUGGCUGAAGUUGGUGGCCUUUUCUUCGGAGCAAGAGGAGUUCUAUGUCAAUGACACGGCAUCUGUGUCCUGUCAGGAAAUCAAAGAUCGUAGAGCAUACAAGGUGGUCUGCGUGGCCGAUGGGGAGGGAGCCGCCUGGGACCUCAGCCGCGUCCCCUGCCUGCGAUGCCAAGUGCCCAAGAGCUGGGACAGCCGCCUGGAAUGGACACCUCAGGCCUUGACCUUUGGCCCUGAAGAGACCCUGAGCCUGACCUGCACAAAAGGUUACCAUCCUGUUCCAGAGAGGGUCCAGUGUGUUGUAAGGACUAACAAAUUUGGCUGGAAUGUCAGGCCCAUUUGCAAGGCAGAGAAGGGGUCAACCACCUCCCCUCCUUCCACCAGCCCUGAGCCAGGCCCCCCACUGACCACCAGCAAGGCUCCAGGAGGAUCUUGUUCGAGGGCAGAGUGGCCCUCCUCCGUCUCUGCUGUUGAACCAUCUCCCAAGGAGACUUUUGCCAUCGGUGAAUAUGUUUGGGUGAGAUGUCACCUGGAGCAAUCCUUCGGACCCAAGGAAAACUGGAUCUUGUGCAGAGAGAAGGAUGGCCAUCCCGAAUGGGACACCAGCAGCCUCCAAUGCGUUGAGAAGCCCCAGGUUUCCAAGGAAGAGCUCCAGGCCUCAGCCUCCAGCAUCAGGCUCAGGUGGGGCUGCAGCCCCCCAGGACCCUGCCAGGACUGGCCCUUCCGGGGCUCCUGCCAACUGACCAGGCGACCACAUGGGUCCUGCAAGAAACACAGAUGGAGAGGAUGGAGUCCUCUCACACAGAACCAGACCUUGCAUUGUGAUGGCUUGGAUCCCUCUUCUUCAUAUCGCGUCGUUGUCCAGGGAUUCCAUGCAAAGGUGGGCUGGCAUCUCUUGUAUGAGGAAGACAUCCUGACGCAGGAUGCAGUUCCAGAUGCGCCAGAGAGAGAAUGGCUGGACCUGUCCUCCAGAGUCCUGAGGUGGGGGCCGCCCUCCCCCUGCAAAGGGGCCAUUCUGGGCUACCAGGUGAACAUCACUGGGAGGAGAGCCUACAACGCCACGUUCCUGGAGGAGGAGCAAGUGCGGGUCAACGCCUCCGAGAGGGAGCUCCAGCGGGAGACCUGGAGGCCCGGCACCAACUACACCGUCACCGUCCAAGCCUUGACCGCUGCGGGGCCCGGCCAGGAGCUGCGCUGGGAGAUGGAGACCCGCAUCGCAGAGCCGUUCUUUCCCCCCAGCGCCAGGACCUUGGAGGUGAACAACAUCUCAGCCUCGGACGGGACGGUCUUCUUGCACCUGGAGCCCCUCCCAGACCUCCAUGGACCCAUCAGGGAGUACCAGCUCUUUGUGUCCCCCUACCUGGGGCUGACCCCCAACGCCAGCGCCUGCCCCUCCCUGCAGCUCCAGCCUUUUGACGGCUCGGACAACCAGACCUAUGCUGCUGCCGUGAUCCCAGCUUCCAACUUCACGAGGCCAAUGGGCUUUGUGGUUGGAGAUGGGAGUGACCAGCACGGCCUCCUCAACGCCCCUCUGCGCGAGGGCAGGAACUACACCAUCCUCCUCCGAGUGGUCAGCCGAUGGAACCAGGAGGAGACAUCCAGCUGCAUUGCCUAUGACUUCUCUAUGGGACAUGUCCAGCCGGCUGAAGAAGGAGGGGCGCUGCUGCCUUUGUCCCUCCUGCUGACCUGCCUCCUGCUGGCCUUGGCCCUGGCCUUGCUGCUGCUUCUGGGGCUCCUGAUGGCCAGGAAGAAGAGGAAGAAGAAGAAGCAGACCAAGAUGGAGGCGCCCAGGGGCCAAGGGGCCGUCCCAUUGCAGCAGCAGCGCGCAGGGGCAAGCAAGCUGCACACCCGGAUCCCGGUGCCAGAGCUGCCGGAGGUGCUGAAGAGGCACAAGCGGGCCGAGAUGGAGGCCGCGGCAAACAGGGACGGCGAAAGGGAAGACGAGGGUGCCGAGAGGCCAGCAGCCGGGCGGGACAUGGAGUUCCAGAAGCUGGUCUCUGGGCUGCUGCACCCCUGCCUGGCCGGGAAGGAGCCCCAGAACCUGCCCAAGAACCGCUACAAGAGCAUCCUGCCAUACGAUGGGUCCCGUGUGGUGCUCCAGACCAGCGAUGGCAAAGCCGACUACAUCAACGCCAGCUACAUCGAUGGCUACCGGGCUCCCAAGCGCUUCAUUGCGGCUCAAGGCCCCCUCCCAGGGACGGUGCAGGACUUCUGGCGGAUGGUCUGGCAGGAGAAGACCCCGGUCAUCGUGAUGCUGACGGGCCUCGUGGAGCAGAACAAGCGCAAGUGUGACCAGUACUGGCCGCCCGACGUGCAAGCCGAGUACGGAGAUAUCACCGUGACGCUGAGCAACACCUGGGCCGUGCCGGGGAUCGUGGCCCGCACCUUCAGCCUCAAGAAGGCUGGAACGGUCACCCCAAGGAAAGUGGAGCACUUCCAGUGCCUGCAGUGGCCGGACCACGGCCUUCCCCGGGACCCGGCAGGGCUCCUGUGGCUCCUGGAGGAAGUCGACCGGCAGGCGUCCGAAGCCCCCAGUGCGGCCCCCAUUGUGGUGCAUUGCAGCGCAGGCGUCGGCCGGACGGGGACCUUCAUCGCCCUGGACUCCCUGCUGAAGAUGGGCCGCUCCGAGGGCCAGGUGGACGUCUUCCGCUGCGUCCAGAGAAUGAGGGAGCAGAGGGCCAGCAUGGUCCAGACCAAGGGCCAGUACGCCUUCCUCUACGAGGCCUUGCUGGAGGGGCUGCUGUGUGGGAACACGGGGGUCCCGGUGGACGAGGCCCACACCCACACCUCCCACCUGGAAGCUCCCAUGUCCAGGUUCACCCAGGAGUUCCAGGCCGUGGAGCGCCUCUCGGAGCUGUUCAGCCUCGCUCCCCGGACGGAAGCCCAGAAGCCCUGCAACCGGGCCAAGAACCGCAGCCCAGAAAUACUGCCAGCGGAUGGCAGCCGCCCCCUCCUGAUGUCCUCCCUGAAGGCCGACGGCACCCCGGGAUACAUCAACGCCACCUUUGUGGACGGCUACGGCCAAGGGGAGCGCUUCCUGGCCACACAGCUGCCCCUUCCGGACACCCAGGCGGACUUCUGGGCUUUGGCCUGGGACUACCGCUGCAGCGCCCUGGUCCUGCUGGACUCCCCCUCGGAGCUUGACCAGACGUGUCCCACAUUCUGGCCUGUGUCCGGCAAGUCCACUUAUGGCGCCAUUACCGUUGCACUUUCCUCUGAGGAGCCACGGACCGGGUACACCGUGCGGGAGCUCUCCCUUUCCAGCGGUCAGCAGCCUGGGGCCCCUCCCUUAGAGGUCCGGUUGUGGCACCUGCAGGACUGGCCCAGCGCCCAGAGGCACCCACAGCACCUGCCGACUCUCCUGAGGCUCCUCAGCGAAGUGGAAGGAGAAGGAUGGCCCUCUUCUUCGGAUGAUCACAUCCUGGUCACUUGCCGGGACGGCGUUUCCCGCUGCGGGCUCUUCUGCGCCCUGAGCUUCGUGUGCGAACAGAUCCGGGCGGAGGGGCUGCUGGACGUCUCCCGGGCCGCGCGCAUGGUCAAGCGGCGCCAGCCUCGCUUCAUCCAGGACGUGGAGCAGUACCGGCUCUGCUACCACCUGGCUCUUUCCUACCUGGACUCCUACUCCUCUUCCUCUUAGGCGGAGGGGCAUCUGGAACAUGUCCAUCUUGACCCCCAACAGCAAGGCGCCCCAUGUCCAGCCAGAGGAGGGGGCGGGGCCACAUUCAGCUGGACAGUUGCAAGGAGAUCUCUGCCAAACUUGGCCUGGUGAUGGACACUCCUGCUCCCGCUUGGGCCCUGUGACCCCUGGCCAGGUUGACCGCAGGCUUGGGCUCCUCGCUGCCCAGCCAGGGCCAACUGACAUUUGGGCCGGACAGUGAGGGAGCAGAUUUCUCCUCCUUUUCACCCCAUUUCGACAAUCCAGCGUUGCACUCUAGCCUUAAGACACCUUUUCACCUAACAUCACACCUGAAUCCAGUAGGACUGUCUACAAAAGUUUAUUAAGAAAAGCGUGUAUGUACAAAGGGGGAAAAGGGCGUUUCCCAAAAAUACAAAAUGGAAAUACAAAAUGGCAGCAAUCCAAAAAUGUCAAAGUACGUGAAGUCAAUAGAGCCAAAAUCUCAAGCAUAUAUUGAUAAGCAUGAAAGCAGGAUUUUUUUUCCAAGGCAAAUCCUUCAAGAAACAUCAAAACAGGAGACUUGAAUCAUCAACUUGGAAGGCGAGACAGGAAAGCCAUCCUUAUGGCAACGUUGUCUCCUCUGAGAGGCACCAAAUAAACACCACUCAAUGUAACCCAAGAACCCAUGAGGUCAUGCCGAACACACCUGGGCUUCAAGGACUUCUCGUGGAGUCUCUCAGAAUACUGAAUUAGUCAAUCUUUCACUCCCUCCAUUCUCAAACCUAAUCUGGCUUCUCGGGAAAAUUCCCCAUUGGCCAAAGGCCGAUUCACAAGGGAACUGAAAUCCUCACCUUCUGUUGCCUGGGAACGAGCACAGGAAUCCCAAACAACGGUUUCCUUGGCCUGCCAUUCUCUCUGAGCACUAGCAGAUGCUUCACUUUGAAAACCAUCAAUUCCUUCAUCCUCUGAAACAUCAGGAAAACCCUGUGCUGCUUGCCGAGCCACAACAUCCAAGCAGCUUAUGGAAUGAAUAGUAGUAUUGGAAGAGUCCCCCCCCCCCGCCCCCAAAGGCCAUUGAGUCCAAGCCCCUUCUGCUGUUAGGCAGGAAGGGCACAAACAAAGCAGCCCCAACAGAUGGCCAUCCAGUCUCUGCUUAAUAAUACUAAUAAUAAUAAUACUAAUA